AUGCUACAGGAUCGUGUUCGUCACGGCUACAACAAGAACGAAUGGGGCGACUUCCCGCCAAAUGCAUACUCCUCAAGCGCUCCGAGGCAUGACGACCGCGGCUACGGGAGGCGGGAGAAUUACCCGGAAGGGACCAGAAUGUGCACAGCUUACAAUUCGUACAAAGCUAAGGAUGAGAUUGCCGAAGCCGCAACUAUCGCAUACAAUGCCACAGCGGACAGACUCAUGGCUCCCCGCAAUGCCAACCAACGCGAUGGACGUGCCUAUGGCGCCACUAAAGGCAGAUUUUUUUAUCCUGAGGAUCAUGCCAGGGUCAGACCAUAUGCGACUAGCGCAAAGGAAACCGCUGCCGCGCAUUCGGAGGCCCGGAAAGAGUUCAACAGGGACCAUAUCGGUCGUGUAACCCGGGAUAACUAUAUGGGACAUCGACGGCAACAAGAAAUGGCCGCCACGUCGGCCGGGCAUUACGCGGUAGCAGAAAGGGACCACGCCAGGGGUGCGAUACAGGAACGCUACCCCGCGGACGGUAGAGCCACGAGGCAUUUAUUGCCCGAUGACCCUGUGCCUAGGUGGCGCCGUCGUUAA